AUGCAUCUUGAUGGCACCGGCCCUGGUUACUGGAUGGGUCUUUGUUUCCUAAGUGUUCAGAAGGUGGAGAUGUGCAUGUUUGAAGGCAGAAUCCAGGAGAUUUUCAAGUAUGAAGGCUUCCAACCCAGGAACACCUCGCUCCGCCUGGAAGGCCCAGGUGCAGCUGGAGGGGGACUGCAAGGGUCAGACCAUGGGAUUGGUCUCAACUUUGGGCUUUUACACAGCAGUUUCGAAGACAAAGGGUUCCACGCCGCGAUUGUGCCGUGGGCGGCCGGCGCCUGCGCAAGGUGGGGAACCGGCGUUGGGAGUUGCUGUAAGUCGAGGCUGUGGAGCGGUCACCGCAGCGAGCACGGGCGGUGGCCCGGCGCAAAGUUGAGAGCAGUCCCAAGUCUAAGCCUUUCCGUCACCCUUCGGCACCGCCAGUACCACGGACUCUACCCUGCCGCGGCCCCUCGGCGACGCGGUGCAGCUGCCACUCGGUUCAGUGUUACCUUCAGACACUUGGUCUCAUGUGGCCUGCAUCAUCAGAUGUGGCAACCCCCGACCCUGGCCACCAUGAGGAGCAUGGAUCCCUGGACAGAUGCUGCUGGACACCUCAUUCAGGAGACCCCAGAGGAGAAUGUCGGGAGGAUCCAUAAAAGCUGUGUCCAGUGGAAUGAGUGGAAGCUGCAGCGGCGCCUCCAGCUCAAGAGACAGGACCUGUCUGAAACCUACAAGAACAGAGAAUUCUUUCAAGUCAACAUGUGAAGAACUCUAAAAUUGGGCAAAGUAGUUUCUUCAGAUCUGGAAGUGAUUUAUGCACAUACGAAAAAUUAGUGUUUCUGCUAAGAGAAGGAAUUGAAUUUAAAAGCGGGAUGAAAUACUCUUUCCUAUCUACAAAGUGUGUAAGGAUGAAGAACAGUGAUAUUUACACUGCUGCUUAAAGUUUGUUACUGAUGACUUAAGUCUACAAUGUGGUGGUAAGUACCACAUUCAAAAAAUGUUUAUGCUCUUUACCGAUCAAUUCCAUUAUACUAAAAUAUAUUUAGGAAACAAUGAGAGAUACAUGCAAUUUGUUUUUCUCAGCCAUGCUUAAAAUAUCAUUGUAUUAAGAAUUCAUAUAAGGGAAGUAGUAAAUUUGUGGAUUAGUGUAUUCUGUGAACUUUUAGCAUCUUCAGAAGUGAAGAGAAUCUUUUCAUCUGUGUUUGUUGAGUUAUGUACUUUUUUUCCUUUUUUUGUUCAAGACAAAGCCUCACUGUUUUAUCCAUGCCGGAGGCAGUCACGUGUUCUUGGCUCACUGCCACCCCUGUGUCCCGAGUUCAAGCGAUUCUCCUGGCUCAGGCUCCAAAGUAGUCGGAUUUACAUGCAUACAUUAGGACACCCGCUGAAAAUUUUGUAUUUUUAGUGGAGAUGUAAUGUUGCCAUAUUGGUCAGACUGGUCUUGACCUCCUGGCCUCAAGCAAUUUCACCUGCCUCUGCCUAUGUCCUGGGAUUACAAACAUGAGUCGCUGCACCAGACCUAUAUAUACAUUUUAUUAGACACAUAUGUUUGCAUUAUUUAUAGAUUUAUUUCCUAUAUGCCAAUUAUAGAUUAAUAAUUUGUUUUAUGAAAAUUAGCAAGUAUGAGUGCUUACUAACAUUGCAAAAAUAUUGCUUUAUUUGUAGCAAUCUUUUAAAAUAAUGAACAUCACAAUGGUAUGUAUACAUUUUUAUAAAUCCAUUUAUUGAUCAACUAUAAGUGGAAUACCUGUUAUGUAGAAGACACAUUCCACUAAAUCUCAAGAAACAUCCAUCCUUAAAAAUUUCAUGUUUACCUUCCCUGCCUGAGCAAGAGGAGAAGUUUAAAAUUGCAGUAUUGGGACAGAAUUGCAACUGAAUCUUUUAUUCUUGUCAUUCAAACAAGUUUCUGUUAUGGGAAAGUAGUACAAGAUAACAUAAGAUGCCAUUUUGAAAAUUGGUAAGUCUUAAUCUUGUACUUUAUAUGCAUUCCAUACAUAUAAAUACUAAUUUGCAUGCAUUCUGUAAAUCUACUGAAUAAAAUGAGCAACUGUUA